CAUCUUCGACCAGCCUCCCCUCCCCCGCCAUGUCUCGCAACGAGCAAGACCCACGAGCCAGCUCCUCUUAUGGUCCGUCUACUGCUCUUUUUUUUAUGCCGCGACUGGCGCUGACGUCUGCUCUAGACCUCGACGACUCGUACCCCUCUACAGCGUACGUCGUGCCAGCGUAUGGUUAUCCCACUACACCUGGUGUCCUUGCUUAUGGCCAACUUGCAUCCUCUAGCUCUCACAUUCAAGGCAUGCCCAUCACUAUACCACCAGUCGGGAGCUCUACCGCUUCCUCUGGGUACUAUGCAACAUACACCGGCUCCGUCGUAGGGGCGGGCGGUCCCGUAUACGUACCCACUAGCACGGCAGGAGGCCACCACGACCCACUCUCCCUAGACUACGAGGCACUCUUCCCCAAGUCGUCAUCUUCUACAAGACCCCAGACACAGAGCAAACGGUAG